AUGAGUCCAUUUGCAGCUCUAUACGGCCGUCACCCACCAGCUCUCUUGGAUUACGUGCCCGACAGCACCCAUAUUGAGCCGUUGGACUCCUCCCUGCAGCAACGAAACCACAUCCUCAGAAUCCUCAAGGCCAAUCUGGUCAGAGCCCAGCAGAGGAUGAAGGACCAAAAGGACAAGAGUCGCGUCGAUAUUACCUUUGCCCCGGAGGAAUGGGUGUUGCUCCGUCUCCAACCAUACCGGCAGCAGACGGUUCACCGCCGAACCUCUCAAAAGCUGGCAAGAAGGUUCUACGGUCCCUUCCGAAUCAAGCGGCGACUCGGCGUCGUAGCCUACGAGCUCAAUCUCCCCACCGGAAGCAAGAUCCACCCGAUCUUCCAUGUUUCCCUCCUGGAGCGCUUCCAUGGAGACCCCAGCACCUCUUUCGUGCCGCUUCCGCCGCUUCCCUCUGAUCUGCCGGAAUCGGGCUCCACCAAGAGCAUUCUCCCACUGGAACCAGCUGCCGCCGCAAGCCAACCGCCUCAUGUGGACAACAAAGGGAACCACGAGAUCGAAGGAACAAGCAGAGGAGAGACUGCACCAGCGGCUCUAAGCAAAGAAGGAGAUAAGGAACAAGUGCUUUCUGACCAACAUGUUUGCCAGGAUGUACUUAACUUAACCCUAUCUAAAGCUUCUGACCACACCAAGCUCUCAGCCAAUGAAAUUGAGACACCGGACCCCACCAGCGAGACCACAGUUGUGCCCCUCUCGAAAGUGCCAAAAUCAACUCAAUUGAAGGGCAAUUUGGAGUCCCCAACGCUGACUAGUCCAACGGCUCCAACUAAUGGAAGCCCCAACCCUAAUUCCACUGAAGUUAUCCCAAGCGGGUCUGACCCGGUUCCUGAACCCGACCUUGUGGACAAGGUCGUUCUUCAUGGGGUGGGUAAUGGUAGCGUUGGGCCUGAUCCAAGAACACCAGCUAGGCCCAAGAGAGCAGUCAGGAAGCCCGCGUGGAUGAAAGGAUUUAUCCAAACAAAGAGAAGCAGAAAGUCAAGCAAGAAGAAUCAAAGUGGCUAA